AUGGGCCUCGUAACUCCUCCACCGAUAUUGUACUUGAGAGUCCCUGAUUUGGUACAGUCCAUAAGUUUUCGACUUAUCUUAAUGCCAUUUGCCAAUCCAGUUGGUGGGCUAGAUGACAGAGGUCAUCGCAAUCUUCAGAACAAUCGUUGGUCUUACGCAGCGGGUCAAGCAUUCGCUAUGGUUGUACCACAAGACUAUAAUCAAAGAUUUACUCAACUAAGAGCUGCACCUAUACUCUUACCAUCGUUACCAAAUCACUAUAACAAUGUAUCUAAUACACACAGAAGGGCUGUUAGAAAUAGAGGCUCUCCACAGAAAUCACAGUUUCCCUCAAGCAAAAAUGGCUCACCUACAAAGGCUCGGACACAAAACCAUCAUACAUCCAGUAACAAUCACGCUGGUGGUAAUUUUAUGGUUAUUACUGGAAUCAAGAGCUGUACUGAUAUCAAAAAUCCGUCUCCAGCUACUACCGCAUCUCGAUACAUGACAAAGCCCUCGAAACUUGACAGUAAGCGGGUAAAGAUGAACCCUGUCAUCAACGACCCAAUUGAGAAAAAGAAACUCGUAUGUUAUAAACUGGGUGAGGCACUUUUGUUACAGAAAGAGACAGCACCCAAUUCUUUAAUCGGUUUUAUUGAUUCCAGGAAUGAUACAUUCCACAAAAUGCAGCCCAUCAGAGUAGCAAACGAAAAAGAUCAUCAGGUGCAGGCUCUUGAUGAACUAGUAUCAAUUGUUCGCAAAUAUACCACUAAACCGAACAGACGUUCGCUAGCAUUUUCCAAUACCAAGCUUCAAACGAAGCCGUCAAAAUUGCAAUCUCAGCUUUCCCUGGAGGCUAAUGAUAGUGUUGAUUUAAGUUUUGAUGGCAAAGCCAUGAACAAGAGCGACAUCUUCAAAAUGGUCGAUUCAUUUUCUCUAAUGGUCGACGAUGACGAGGAUGACCAUCCAUUAUUCAACACUGCAAACAUCCUGCCACCUGAAAUAACAAGCUAA